UCAAGGCUACUGCUACCCACCCUUUUUCUUUCCUUUUCAGUUUUCCCCUUCUUUUUAAUCCUUAAAAAAACAUCUUCUUCUUCUUCAUUCCCUAAACCUCUUUCCAACUUCACCUCCUCCCUUUCUUUUUUUUCCCCUUCAUAUAAAAAUACUUCUGUUAUCAUCAUUUAUAUAACUAUUUUGUUUUAUAUUUACCCUAACAAAUUAAAAUUCCCAUUUCUUUCUCUCUCUUCAAGGCGGUUACAGAGUUGGAUACACGCAGAAGAAAAAGAAGAAUUACUACUUCCUUAUUUCCCUAAUUUUCUCUCUCCUCUUUUCUUUCCCUAACAAUUAAAGGAUUCUCUUUAUAUCACUGAUUUUUAUACUUUGCUGCAAAUUCUGUUUUUUCAGCGUUUUAUUGGGUCUGAAUUAUAGAACUUUGAAUUGUUGCUGAUCAUCAAUUAUUUCUAUGGACUGUUUGGGUUGCUUCAAUGGUUCUGAGGUUGGUGGGCAGCAAAGUUCCUGUACUUCAGGAAAAGGAAGAAGCAAUCAACGUCAAACCACAUACGGAUACAGUCUUGUUAAAGGAAAAGCCAAUCAUCCGAUGGAGGAUUACCAUGUCGCUAAAUUUGUAACGAUGGAGGAACAUGAGAUUGGAUUGUUUGCUAUAUUUGAUGGCCAUUUGGGCGAUGCUGUACCUGCCUACCUCCAAAAAAAUCUGUUUCGCAACAUUUUUAAGGAGGAAGAGUUUUGGGUUGACCCUGGAAGAUCAAUUCCAAAGGCCUAUCAGAAGACUGACCAAGAAAUCCUGUCUCAAAAAUCUGAUAUUGCCCGAGGCGGUUCCACUGCUGUUACCGCUAUUCUUAUUAAUGGUCGAAGAUUAUGGAUCGCUAAUCUGGGAGAUUCCCGAGCAGUUCUUUCAAGAGGGGGUCAAGCUCUGCAGAUGACUGUUGAUCAUGAGCCAAACACCGACAGAGCAACCAUCGAAGGCAAAGGAGGUUUUGUCUCAAAUAUGCCAGGAGACGUCCCUAGAGUAAACGGUCAGCUAGCAGUUUCCCGUGCAUUUGGUGACAAGAGCCUUAAAUCACAUCUCCGUUCAGACCCAGAUGUACAAGAUAUGACUAUUGAUCUCAGCACUGAUCUCCUUAUUCUUGCAAGUGAUGGUCUAUGGAAGGUAAUGAAUAAUCAAGAGGCAGUUGACAUCGCAAAAAAGAUAAAAGAUCCACAGAAGGCAGCGAAACAAUUAGCAUCGGAAGCAUUGAAGAGAGAGAGCAAAGAUGACAUAUCCUGUAUUGUAGUGAGAUUUCGGUGAUAUAAACUUCUCUCAGAAGCUAUGUUAGUAAGAUAAACACACAGGUGCUGCAGAUCAUUGCCAUGAAGAUCAGGGGAAUAUGCUUGUUUGUAGACAUAAUGUUUUUUUGGUAAACUUUUUUUUCUUUACCCAGAAGAAAAAAGUUCGAAAUUUGAUGCAAAUAUUUUUAUUCUUUUGCCAGAAUGAGUUAUUCUGCCAUGUAUAAUUUGAUUUAUUAAUAACUGGAGGAAUUUGGGUGAUAGGUACUAUUCUGUGUGGUUUAAGGAUACAUGGAGAGUUUUUUUUUCUCAUUUAUAUGUUGAAGUUUGUGGAAGAUGAUAAUGAAGUGGGUUGAAUAUGUCAUUGUUCGUGUGAGGAAGACAUUGCAUUGUACAGAUGUAAUGGGGAUUGGAUUUUAUUAGUAAUAUAUAUUCAUGUGUAUAUUGAACAUCAAA